AUGGCAAGAGUUUCAAAGCGCUUUUUAAAUUAUCGCUUUUUGAAAAACGGGUAUCGUCUUUUUUCUUCAUCAAAUGAGCGCGACCUAGUUGUUAUCGGUAGUGGGCCUGGUGGGUAUGUCGCAUCCAUAAAAGCUGCCCAAAUGGGACUUAAGGUUGACACCAUUAAAGGUCAUGGAACAAUCAUAGGUCCGAAUGAGGUAAUG